CGGAAGCUCUCAGGAGGGACCUGGGUUAGAAUUCCAUGUUCCAUGCCAUUUCCUGGCCUGGCAGUCUUCCCCAGGCACCUCAAGCUUCUUCGAGCCUCAGAUGGAUUUGCAGGCGCGGGGAGCGUGUGGAAGGGCCGUGUUCGUGUUGGCAGAGAAGGUUGGCUGCUGAGCCAGGGCGUGUCUGCAGGAGGCCUGCCAGGCUGCCCGGAUCCCCACCUCGCCACCAUGGGCCGCCCAGGCUGACCAGCCGGUUCCUGCUGGAAGCUCCUGGUAUCAUCCAGAGAGACCAUGUCCAGGCCCCCUGACUGCCUGCUGUGGCUGCUCCGGGGCGUCCUGAGGCAGCGGGGCUGCACCCUGUUCAUCAUCAGCUUCAAGUUCAUGUUUUUGGUCUCCAUCAUGAUCUACUGGCACAUUGUUGGGGAGCCCAGGAGCCAAGGACAAUUCUCUAACCUGCCUGUAGACGUUCCAUGCCCCCGCUUGACGCCCCCGCCACUGCCCUCCAGCAGCCCCCCUCCAGGCAACAUCUUCUUCCUGGAGACUUCAGACCGGACCAACCCCAACUUUCUGUUCAUGUGCUCAGUGGAGUCGGCCGCCAGGGCCCACCCCGAGUCCCGGGUGAUGGUUCUGAUGAAGGGGCUCCCUGGCGGCAAUGCCUCGUUGCCCCGGCACCUGGGCCUCUCGCUUUUGGGCUGCUUCCCGAACGUCCAGAUGCUCCCACUGGACCUAGAGGAGCUGUUCCGGGACACGCCCCUGGCGGCCUGGUACGUGGCUGUGCAGCGGCAGUGGGAGCCCUACCUGCUGCCCGUGCUCUCGGACGCCUCCCGGCUGGCGCUCAUGUGGAAGUUCGGUGGCAUCUACCUGGACACAGACUUCAUCGUCCUCAAGAACCUGAGGAACCUAACCAACACGCUGGGCAUCCAGUCCCGCUACGUCCUCAACGGUGCCUUCUUGGCCUUCGAGCGCCACCAUGAGUUCAUGGCGCUGUGCAUGCGUGACUUCGUGGCCCACUACAACAGCUGGAUCUGGGGCCACCAGGGCCCGCAGCUGCUCACGCGAGUCUUCAAGAAGUGGUGCUCUAUCCGCAGCCUGGGCGACAGCCGUGCCUGCCGUGGCGUCACCGUCCUGCCCUGUGAGGCCUUCUAUCCCAUCCCCUGGCAGAGCUGGAAGAAGUACUUCGAGGAGGUCAGCCCCGAGGAGCUGUCCCAGCUGCUGAACGCCACCUAUGCCGUCCACGUGUGGAACAAGAAAAGCCAGGGCAUGCGCUUCAAGGCCACGUCCAGAGUGCUGCUGGCCCAGCUCCACGCCCGCUACUGCCCCACGACACACGAGAUCAUGAAGAUGUACUUGUGAGGGGCCCGUCGGGCCACCUCCCCACACCCCGCAUCCUGAUGGAGAAGGGCUCCCAGCAGUCCUUCCUGGGGAGGCGAGAUGGCGGGGGGGGCCUUGGUGAGGGGGUUUCUGAGCUGCUACAGCCCAGGAUUUGAUGUAGGGUGGGUGAGGACAGGGAACUGGCAGGCAGAGGUGUUGGAGGGUGUGCUGCAGGCCCUGAGGUCCACUCCCUUCAAGCCAGGGUGAGGCUGGAGGGACACCCCUUGGGCCAGUGCACUGUCUCAGGGUAGAGGCAGCGAGUGGUAGGGAAAGAGCCUGCAGCCAAAAUCAGCUGGCGUGAGCUGGGCGAGCCUUCUGGGUCUGCUGGGCAACAUGUGGGAGCUGUGAACAUCGAAGCAUCACAGGGAAACCAGGCUGUUUGGGGCCAAAGUGCUCGUGAUGGAAGCAUCCAGGAUCUCCAGGGAAGGGAAGAGGAAGGCGGGCAGAGUCUCUAGAUGACAGCGGAGGAGGCUGCCAGUGAGAAAGCUGCUUGCAAACCCUGCCUCGUGAUCCCGGGAAUGGCGGCUUUGCUCUUUUCUGGUUGUGGUUUCGUUUUCAGAGGGGCUGAGGCUGGCAGAGCUGGCCUGGGGAGCAUUUUGGGGGAGGCCCUGUCCGCCCACCCCAUCCUUCUUUCCAGAGAUGUUGCAAGGGUGACACGUGCCAGCUGCGCACUCUAGGGGCCUGGGGGCGUGGAGUUCUUUUGGCUUGGGGUAAAGCAUUUUAAAGAAAACACCCACCCUGACCGAAAUGAGCAUAGGGAAAUAAUAAAUAUAAUGAAAGUGACUCACUGACAUCUAGUGC